AUGCCCUCCCGCACCAAAAGUGAGGAGUACACACCCCCGCAGUCGCUGCGUCCCCUGGGGUCAAGACGAAAGCUCGUUUUCUCGUCCGAGAGCGUCUGGGACACGUCCGUCCUCGACGUCGACGCGCGCAGCAAGGAGCACACACUCCUCUACACCGUCUCCACCUCGAUCAACACCGCCGCUUCCGCCGGCAACCCGGUUGGCGUGACGCGCCGCAUGACGCGGCUCGUGCUGCCCGGCGGCGACGCUGUCGCGCUGUGGGCGCAGAGCGUGGGCGACCCGGACCGCCUCGUCCUGGACGGGACGCCCUUUUCCGCGCGGAACCCGUACGAUGGGUGGGAUAUGAGGGCGUACCCAGACAAGCACGUGGGGAGGUAUACCUGGAGGAAGCGCUCUUGGAGAUCGUCGCUCGAGCUCGUGUGUCAAGCUGGAACCGAUAAAGCCCGCGUCGUCGCGAAAGCAACGUACUCGGCGAAGCACGGCCGGUUUAUGAGUCUGGACGUCGACGCGGCACUUGAACCGGUGCUGGACAUUGUCGUCGCGACCUUCCUGAUGUGCGAGCACAGGCGGCGCGGCGGCAACCUGCGAGCCAAGGUCAAUGACCCACUCAACGAUGGUGGUUGGGGUUCGUGCCGUCACAUCUGCGGCACAAUAUGCGAAUGUUUGGGAGCUAUUUUCGAUUCCGACUUUUGGCUGUGGAUGCUGGUUAUUUGGGAACUUGGGAACGAUGAUUGA